AUGGCUAUUCUCAACUACAUCAACUAUGCGUCGGCCACAGCCGCCAUUGUUGCUACCAUCAUCGUCAGAGUUCUUUACCAUGGCAUAUCCUUCAAACCAACUCGAGAGUCUUUCCUCCUCAAGAAACUCGUCAGGCCCGUUUGCCGGGGCCAGCUCCUCCUCCGCCAAUACCUAUUCUGGCCUACCGUAUAUCUCGCCAGGGUUCUCUAUGCGUUCCAAAGGCAAGAUCCGCUCCUUCGCAUCUUUAAGCUAGAUCCCGUCACCGUUGUCUGCAUAUCAGACACACACAAUACAUACCCCGAAGUGCCAGACGGAUACGUCCUAGUCCACGCCGGUGAUUUAAGCAAAUCCGGUACCUUUGAGCAGAUCCAGGAAACCCUCACGUGGUUGAAUUCCCUGCCGCACGAGCACAAAAUUGUCGUUGCGGGUAACCACGACAUACUACUCGACCCUACUCUUGACAUCCAAAAUCCCAACAUUGACGCCGAAUCACUGCGUGCAAAGCUGAAUUGGGGCAAUAUCAUAUACCUUCAGGAUACGGCAACUGACAUUACCUGCUCCAACGGCCGCAAGCUCAAGAUUUACGGAAGCCCCAAGUCCAAAGACUUUGGAAGCCCAAACCAGGCCUUUCAGUAUCCUGCAUCCCAAGAUGUGUGGCAUAGAAGUAUCCCCUCCAGAGCUGACAUUUUGGUCACGCACUGUCCACCUCGGGCUCAUCUGGACAUACUAAGUGUAGGGUGCAAUUAUCUGCUCAAGGAGCUUUGGAGGGCCCGGCCGAGACUGCACGUGUUCGGCCAUUGCCAUGACGGCCACGGUACUCAACAGCUCCCGUUUGAUGAUUUUCAAAAUAAUUAUGAGCAGAUCGUUAUCAAUAAUGGCGGAAUCAGAAGAUUGCUUUGGAUGUUCGAGGACCUUGUCCGCUCGUGGCGGAAGCACCAGCCAGGACCACCUCUGCCGUGGACGCACUUGGUGAAUGCGGCUUCCGCUGAUGGCUUUUUUCAUAAACGCAAGCCGGUUAUCAAGGUUGUGAUAUGA